CGGAAAGAGACGAAGAUGACGUACGCGUCGUGACGUCAUCAACGAGCGCCCACAGUUUGACGCCUGUAUCCUCGAUUAUGGCUAGACAAAACUGUUUCCAUCCCAAUAACGAGAAGCUGAUGGCGGAAGUUGCUGAUGGUAGCUACAUUUGAGCAACUCUCAGUAAUCCCUAUUUGUCAUCUGUUCCACCUGUAACAUUUCUUGGGAAGACAUAGAAGACGCAACCGGCCAAUAGGGAAGAGGGGAUCGGAGUGUGAAGUGGCGUCUUGGGGGAUGGGUUUAAAGUGCCAAAGGAGGACGCCAUGGUUCACAGCAACUCUGCUUCCCCAAUGAAAACAACAUCUAUUUCAGCAGUUAAUAUAUCUGAGGCAGCACCUCCUGAGCAAGAAACACCGCCUUUAGUGCUGCCUCUGAAAGAUACCGAGAAGAACCUCUCUCAUAAGGCAGCUAAGCUUGCCUCAGAUGGGUUAGAUGUUACCUCCAUUUCAGAUGUCUCCCAGCCGUCUACUCGGACUCCUGAGGAAAAUGAGCCCACGGUUGUAACCCCGCUAAUAGAACUGAAAGGUAAUUCAAGUCCAGCAUCGGAGCCGUCUUCUACACAGUCAACAACUCCCACUCAGGGCACAGUCAAUGGCCGCACAUCAGGCAGAAAAAGAGUCCCUAAGGCCUGUGAUUGUUGUGGCUCCAAUAGCAAAGGGCACACUCUCACACCUUCCGGCAGAGGGAGAGGGAGGGGAAGGGGGCGAGGCAGAGGAAGAGGUGCUGGAAGUAACCAUCCAGAUACCCCAAAAAGGAAAGGCGAGGACGAGGUGAUGACAAUUAAAGACUUUGACCUGAUAGAGGAAGAAUUAAGCGAAGCAGAGGUUCAAAAUGACAUUAAACUACCAAAUAAAUCGCCUGAGACUGCUUCUCCUUCAAAUCUCAGUGUGAGUCGCCUGGAUGACCCGGUAACAAACUGUGUUGUGCUGAAGAAGGACAACAUGUUCACGGUCAUUUCAGCUGUUGCUGAAACAGAACGGAAAAGAGUCGGGGAAGUUUUGGACAUUGGACAGCUGCAUUUCCCGGGAAUGACUGACAGAGGUAAGGUGUUUGUAAGAGGGAGAGGUAAACGGGGAAGGGGAAGGAUAGCAGGUCCAUUAGCAUCAAAAGGAAAAUUGAUCAAACAAGGUGUUGAAGACAUUAUCGUUAAUUCUCAAGAGGCCCCCUCUGCAUCGGAGUUGACGUUGCAUGAAGAGCAGACGAGCUGCACGUUGGACAUUUCACCGAUGGGAAAUGGAGAUGAAAUAAGUUUGUCUGAAUCAGAAGCUGAAGGCGAGUCACUUGAGGACAUAACCCACAUGACUGAACCAGGAAAUGCAACACUUUCCUCAUCCGGGGAGUCCACCUCUCUCUCUUCAGGGCCUGGAAGUCUUCCCAAUCACGACUCGGAGAACCAGGUAGAGCUGGAUACUGAGAGGACGGUAUGUUUAUCACCAGCUCUGUCCAACGGAAACGCCAACUCGCCCACAGACCACGACCACACAUCCACACCCAUGGACACGGACGCUACAAAUUCAGCUGUGGUUUCUUCAUCAUACCGUGGUCCUAUUGCCUUGUGCAGCAGUGUACACAGCUAUGCCCUAAGAGACCACAGGUUGUACUGUCAGACUGGAACCUGGGAGAAAGCGGAAGAAGCCAGUCAAGAUCUGACAGAGGAACCAAAUGCACAAGAGGUGGACGGCGAUGACCUGGAGCGACUUGUUCAUUUCGUUCAUGAGUUUCUGGAGAGCUUCUACAUUAAAUAUGGCAGUUUUAUUCCUCUCAGUGAAACCGAUGUCUUGGAUUAUCUGAAGAAGAACUGCAACUGCGAUGACCUCAGCAAAAAGGCCCUAAACAUCCAGGGAGAGAUGAAGCGGUACAGGGCAGCACUCGCCUCUGCUCCCGUUGCUGGCUUCAUGGUCAUGUAUAACAAACACACAUUGAGCCUGGAAGACCUUAGCACGCUGGAAGAACAGAACUGGAUAAAUGACCAGAUUAUCAACACAUAUGGAGAAUUGAUUAUGGAAGCAACACAGCAGAAAGUUCAUUUUUUCAACAGUUUCUUCCAUAAGCAGUUGGUUGCCAAGGGUUACGAAGGUGUCAAGAGAUGGACCAAAAAAGUGGAUUUGUUCUCCAAAUGGCUACUGCUCUUUCCCAUACACUUAGAAAUCCAUUGGUCUCUUGUCACUGUCACCAUGGCAACCAAGACCAUCAAUUACUUUGACAGCCAAGGCAUCGUCUUCCGACACACCACAGACAACAUAAUGAAGUAUCUUCAGUCAGAAGCCCAAGAGAAGAAGCAGACUGAUUUCCUCAAAGGUUGGAAGAUUGCCAUCAUCAAGGGUAUUCCUCAGCAGAAGAAUGACAGCGACUGUGGCGUUUUUGUCCUGGAGUAUUGCCGUUGUCUCUCCGUGAAGCAGCCCCUGCUGUUCAGUCAGGAGGACAUGCCUCACAUUCGCAAACGCAUCUACAAGGAGCUGUGUGACCGGUGCCUCAACUCGUAAACGACCGAACAAUGGCCUGCCUCAGCUCUUUGCCGAUGUACGCGAGGCUUGUCAGAGGGAUCUUACUUUCACCGAGCGCCUGUUACAUAAGAUCAGCGCACAACCCGGGGCUGCUUUCCAACCGAGCAGCAGAUUUCUACUCCCAGACUUUGGAAGAACUACUGACGUGGCCUCCUACUGAUGUUGGACUCCUAUGUUUUCACGCUGCCUUUACCAUUUGCAUUCGUCAUGGCCAGUCGAUAUUUGAGCUGACAUACAGGAGCUCAUCUUUGGACCAACCGGGUGGAUUCCAAACGGAGUGGCUAUUUUAAACGUUGUGACUUUUUAAAACUGUAUAUUUUAUUGCAGGACCUCCACAGCGGAAACCCCUCCGUGUCUUUUGGUGUUUUCUAACAUGUAAAUCGAGAAAAAGGAAGUGCGAUUCAGUGGACCAACUGUUCACCUAAAACUUGAAGAUGGGAGUUGGACUGCUCAUAUUUGCACGGUUAUUGAAGUUUAAAGACUUUAGAAUAUCAAACGAAUGUACUGCUCAUGUAUCCUUCCUCGCUGCCUACUGACGGGCGGCGACUUCUUAGUUUAGACGCUAACGACAAAUGUUGGCUCCACACUGUAGAGUUGACUCCGUUUAGAAUAUCAGGUUUUUUUGUCAAAUUACACCAAAUCAUUUCUUCGUGAAAUUCCUUACUUCAUGAUGCUAUUUACCAGAUGUUUUAGCUAUACUGUAUGUUUUUUUUUUGUUUUUUUCAAUGUCCAUCCAUUUGAACUAAUGUAUGAUUUCUCCUUUUUGUUAGUCGGGUGUACAGGUAAAGCUGCCACAGCUACACGGAAUAGGCAUUAGCCAAGCAGUCACCCUUUCAACUGUUAGUUGUAGAAGCAUUAAAGCCAGUGCAAAAAGACUCGCUGCGAGACAAUUGGACCUCGCUUCUUGUUCCAGAGUGUCCUGUCCAUCCUUCUUUUUGUUCUUAUAUUCCUAUAUUCAUCUUAUUUGCAGACUUUAUUGUACUUUAACUACUGUAAAUGCUUGCUUUGGCGAAAGACCACAUAGAAUUCUUUACUGUUUUUUUUUAUUGUUCUUAAAAAGCCAAGACUGCUGCAAACGUGUUUCUGUUUCUCUCAUAUGUUUUUUUUUUAAAUAAGGUAACUUUGGCAGUAUGCUGUUUUGAUGUUUUAUCUGUACUUGAACACCAUUUUUUAGAGGAUUAAAUCCUCCAGAAAAAUAUUCAAAUAUAGUUGGUAAAUUGCAUGAUUUUUUUUUUUAGUAAUAAUAUCGUGACCUCAACAAUAACCAUUUACCUUCACCUUUGGCCUUGUUUUGUUAUCAAAUUAUAACUUUUUUUUCAA